UGUUCCCCACAUAUUUGCAUUCUCUCUUUCUCUCUCUGACUCUCUCUCUCUCUAGCUCUAAACUUACAUACACAAAAUAGAGAGCCUUCAAUCUAUUACAUCUAAAAAUUCCUCCUCUUUAGAUUCAAAAGUACUCUCUUAAGAGAAUACACUGUCCAUUUAGAACUCCUUUUACCUGUUCUCUGUGGAUCCUUUUGCCUUGCCUCUUUGUUGGCAUGUCAUGUUCAUUUUUUGUUAGAAAUAAAACUAGAAGAGCACUUGGAGAACUUGUUUGGAUUAAAAGUUUGGAUUGUAUGCGAUUACAUAUGAGAUGGGUUCUCGAGGAAGGCUUUUAUUUGAUCUCAAUGAACCCCCUGCUGAGGAUAGUGAGAGUGAUGGUGUAUUCUGCUUCCAGCCACAGAAGACACUUCCAUCAGUGAAUCCCAACACUGCCGACUUGGUUGCUGCAUCAACUUCUAUCCAACGAAUACAAAAUAAUCAUGCCUUUUCACAUGCAUCAUCUGUAUCUGGCUUUCAGCCUUUCAUACGGCCCAAAUCCACUGAUGGCCCUGAAAUGGGAGCUGAACAGAAAAGGGCUGGGGAUCAAAAUCCCAAGAGUACCUCAUUGUCAAAGUCAAGUAAUGAUGAGGAGAUGAGAGCCUCAUCAUCAUUAGUUCAGGGUUCAGCAGAAGCUCCAUCUGUUGAAAGAGAAGAAGGAGAAUGGUCUGAUGCUGAGGGCUCUGCUGAUGCAUUUGGAAACAAUAGCUUGAGUGCAGUGACUAAAGCUUCACAAGAGCAAGGGACAUCUGAAGUGAGGGAUCUUUUUGCUUCUAGUGGACCUGCUGACAAUAGAUCUUCUGGUGUCAAAAUGUCUCAGAGUAUCAAGGAUGAAAACAGUAGUCAUGCUUCUUUAGGAUUGGAUCCAGAUCACAAUGAUCAGAAAGUCAUUAAUGGCCGAAAUCUAGAUGGCAAUGUCAAAGGUGAGGCAUCCUUUGAUGGGCAAGAAGAAUCUAGCUUGGUCCCAAAACAAAGAGAAGUUAAAGGUAUUGAAGCAACCCAUGCACGCAAGUUUGCAAAUAAUCUUGGAAAGAGGAAGAUAGACCAGAAAAGGGAAGAAAUGCUAGGCAAGAAACGUAAUAGGCAGACCAUGUUUCUUAAUUUGGAAGAUGUCAAACAAGCUGGUCCUAUCAAAACUACAACGCCAAGAAGGCAAACCUUUCCACCACCCAUUACCACUCGAACAAUAAAAGAGGUCCGUAAUGCUCCUCCAGCUUCUGAACGUAUUGGAGAAAAGCAGACUCAGCCAAUGAUGAGGGACCAGAAACUAGUUGACAUAUCAUGUAACGAAGGAGGCACUUCUCUGGAAUCUACUGAGCCUAAAUCUGAAUGUAAUGGUGAUAUGAAUUCUGGACUACUAGGUAGGCCUAGGAGGCUAAACAGUGACACUGAUAUUUCUGCAGAGGGAUCCCUGCCUCCCAUUCCAAGACAGAGUUCAUGGAAGCAUCCCACUGAUUUGAGGCAACCGAAGAAUUUUCAGGUGUCCAACAGGAAGCCAGCCCUGAUAAGUCAAAACUCCAUGGAUCCUAAAUUGGGAAACAAGAAAGCUCUUCCACCCAAGAAGCAAACUGCUAUUAGUACCCCGUAUCAGGACACGUCAGUGGAACGCCUUAUACGGGAGGUGACCAAUGAAAAGUUUUGGCACCGUCCAGAGGACACUGAGCUCCAGUGUGUUCCCGGUCGUUUUGAAUCUGUAGAAGAGUAUGUUAGAGUAUUUGAGCCUUUGCUUUUUGAGGAAUGCCGGGCACAGCUUUAUAGCACGUGGGAGGAGGUAACUGAAACGGUCUCAAGGGAUUCUCAUGUCAUGGUCCGUAUAAAAAACAUUGAAAGGCGAGAAAGAGGAUGGUAUGAUGUGAUUGCCCUUCCAGUACAUGAGUGCAAGUGGACAUUUAAGGAGGGUGAUGUUGCCAUUCUUUCAUCACCCAGGCCUGGAGCAGUCAGGGCUAAGCGUAGCAACACCUCAUUAAAUGAUGAUGAUGGGGAGCCUGAGAUCAGUGGUCGUAUGGCUGGUACUGUGAGGCGACACAUACCUAUUGAUACACGUGAUCCUCAUGGGGCAAUCCUCCAUUUUUAUGUUGGGGACUCAUAUGAAUCUAACAGCAUGGUUGAUGAUGAACAUAUUCUGAGAAAGCUUCAACCCAAAGGCAUCUGGUAUCUUACUGUGCUUGGUUCUCUUGCAACAACACAGCGAGAGUAUGUUGCGUUGCAUGCAUUUCGUCGUCUCAAUUUGCAGAUGCAAAAUGCAAUCCUUCAGCCUAGUCCAGAGCACUUCCCAAAAUAUGAGCAGGAGUCGCCUGCCAUGCCUGAAUGCUUCACGCAGAACUUUGUUGAUCAUCUGCAUAGGACAUUCAAUGAUCCCCAGUUAGCAGCAAUUCAAUGGGCUGCGAUGCAUACAGCUGCUGGUACAAGUAGUGGUAUGACAAAGACAUGGCCUUUUACUCUUGUUCAAGGACCUCCAGGAACAGGUAAGACACAUACAGUGUGGGGAAUGCUAAAUGUCAUCCAUCUGGUUCAGUACCAGCACUACUAUACUUCUUUGCUUAAGAAACUAGCACCUGAAAGCUAUAAACAAAAUGAGAGCAAUUCUGAUAAUAUUCCUAUGGGAUCAAUUGAUGAGGUUCUUCAAAACAUGGACCAGAAUCUCUUCCGUACUCUUCCAAAACUCUGUCCAAAGCCUAGAAUGUUAGUUUGUGCUCCUUCAAAUGCGGCAACUGAUGAGCUUCUUGCUCGAGUUCUUGAUCGUGGAUUCAUUGAUGGUGAGAUGAAAGUUUAUCGGCCUGAUGUGGCUCGAGUUGGGGUUGAUUCACAAACCCGUGCUGCCCAGGCAGUUUCUGUUGAGCGCAGAACUGAACAGCUUUUGGUCAAGACUCGUGAGGAAGUUUUAGGAUGGAUGCACCAGUUAAGAGGCCGUGAAGCUCAGUUGUCUCAGCAGAUAGCUUCUCUUCAAAGAGAACUAAAUGCUGCUGCUGCUGCUGUUCGUUCCCAAGGAUCUGUUGGUGUUGAUCCAGACGUUCUUGUGGCCAGGGACCAGAAUCGGGAUUCAUUGCUGCAGAACCUUGCAGCAGUGGUUGAAGGCAGGGAUAAAAUUUUAGUUGAGAUGUCUCGCUUUCUUAUUUUAGAAGGUAGGUUUCGUGCUGGAAGCAACUUUAAUUUGGAAGAAGCCCGUGCUAAUCUUGAGGCAAGUUUUGCAAAUGAGGCUGAGAUUGUUUUCACUACUGUCUCCAGCAGUGGUCGCAAGUUAUUCUCUCGUCUCACUCACGGUUUUGAUAUGGUAGUCAUUGAUGAGGCAGCCCAAGCCAGUGAAGUUGCGAUCCUUCCUCCCCUUUCUCUUGGUGCAGCACGGUGUGUUCUUGUUGGGGAUCCUCAACAGCUUCCUGCAACAGUAAUCAGCAAGGCAGCUGGAACCUUGUUAUACAGUAGAAGCCUUUUUGAAAGGUUCCAGCAAGCAGGAUGCCCCACAAUGUUGUUAUCUGUGCAGUAUAGGAUGCAUCCUCAAAUUCGGGAUUUCCCUUCAAGGUAUUUUUACCAAGGACGCCUUAGUGACAGUGAAAGUGUGGCAAACUUACCUGAUGAGAUUUACUACAAGGACUCUUUACUUAAACCUUAUGUAUUCUAUGAUAUUACACAUGGACGGGAGUCUCACAGAGGUGGAUCUGUCUCUUAUCAGAACAUGCAUGAAGCACAGUUUUGUCUUCGCAUGUAUGAGCAUCUCCAGAAAACUUUGAAAUCUUUGGGUUUGGGGAAAGUCUCUAUUGGCAUAAUCACUCCGUACAAGCUCCAACUAAAAUGCCUUCAGCGUGAAUUCGAUGAUGUCUUAAAUUCAGAAGAAGGGAAGGAUCUGUAUAUCAAUACCGUAGAUGCUUUUCAAGGCCAAGAACGUGAUGUCAUUAUCAUGUCUUGUGUGCGUGCAUCAAAUCAUGGAGUUGGCUUUGUUGCAGAUAUCCGUCGAAUGAAUGUUGCUCUUACUCGUGCAAGAAGGGCUCUUUGGGUUAUGGGGAAUGCUAAUGCUUUGAUGCAAUCUGAAGACUGGGCUGCACUGAUUACUGAUGCCAAGGCUAGGAACUGUUAUUUGAACAUGGAUUCUCUCCCUAAAGAUUUCCUUAUACCUAAGGGACCUUCCUACACACCAUUGCCAGGCAAGGUCUCCUCCAAUAUGAGAGGUUUGAGAUCAGUUGGACAAAGACCUAGACCAUUGGAUAUGCACGUGGAGUCCAGGUCAGGAACGCCGUCAGAAGAUGAUGAGAAGUCGGGUGCAUCAGUAGUUUCUAGAAAUGGGACUUACCGGCCCUUAAAGCCACCGAUGGAGAAUUCUUUGGAUGAUUUUGAUCAAUUGGGUGAUAAAUCUAGAGAUGCCUGGCAAUAUGGUAUACUGAAGAAGCAAAGUCCUGCUGGGUCUAUGGGGAGGAGAGAUAUUUAGCUGUUCAUUGUUGUCUGCAAAUUCUCUUCCUCAAGGGGAGAGCUUCACAGUGCUAAUUAAUUUCCUGAUGUUGUGAUGCUUGCUCCUAUUGCCAUUAAGCCCUCGGAGAAAAUUCUCUAUGCUGAGUUUCUUUGCCGGACAUGUUUGAUUUGUAUCAAGUUUGGACUGAACUGUGUCUGAUACAAGGUGGUAUCUAGUGUUUCCGCUGCAUGCAGUGGAAAUGCUAGAUGCUUUUUCCUCUGGUACUUGGUCAGGGAAUAAAAAGGGAUUUGGAAAGAGACAGCUGUACCCAUUCAUGCAGUUCGCUGCUAUGGUGCAAGAGUUGGUCUUUGCAUGAUUACUGUGAUUUCUUGCAAGGAGCUGGAUGCUGUUGGCUAGAAUUUGGGAAAUCAUACCUUGAUCCACCAGCUUACAGGGUGCAAAGGUAACAGAACUUGUGUAUGCUAACAUGUAGUUUGUAUAUGUGCAUUUACUGCAUGUCUCUGAUACAUGUAAUCCAUCCAGAAUCAUGUAAAUCCAUCCAUCCAGAAUCCAGGGGUGGCCUCAGCAAAGCUUCAGCCUACUAAAUCUUUUAGUUGUAUAUUUGUGGGGGAAAAUCCAGCCCACAUUGCCUUUGACAUUGGGGAUUUAAACUGAUGCAGGAGCGGGGAAGGCUUCCUUUGAUAUGGCCCCUGUCACUUUGUAGCUCUCUUCUCAAACGUACAGUUCUCACUCAUUGGCUCUUUGGUACUCUGAUAAAGAUUAGUGCUUUAAUUUAGGAAGUAGUAGUUCUUCACAUUUUAAAAGAUGCUAUCUAUUGUACAUUCUUUGGACAUGCAAAUGCACUAGGAUGACAUCUGAUGAAGUGGUAUGUAGAAUUUUGGAGCGUUUUUGGAUCUCCUGUCUUCUAAUUGUUUCGAAGGGGAGGUAAAAAAUUGACAUACCUGCCUCGGGUGAGAUCAACUCAAAAAUUCUGUACAGAUAUGGAAGGAAAAAAAAAAGCACAGGAUUUUUAUCCAAAUUUUGGAGGCAUUUGUGGGGGUCCAAUGCCCUGUACAUACACCUUUUUUUUUUUUUUUUUAAUUUUUUUUAUUACUUGUCAGAAUCAUAGAAUUCUUUUAUGUCUUUAUUUCGAAUUUAUUUAGAUGUAUACCAUAGCAAAAAAGCAAUUACGUGUUGCCUUUUUGUUGCU